AUGCCUCACACUAAGUACUACUUCCCCAUCAAGGCUCUGGGCGAGCCCGUCCGCCUGCUGCUCGCGUACGGCGGCGAGGACUGGAAGGACAACAGGGUCGCCCCUGAGGACUGGCCCAAAUUCAAGCCCAAAACCCCAUUCGGGCAGAUGCCAGUGAUGGUGGUUGACGGCAAGCAGUACGCUCAAAGCAUCCCCCUGUCUCGCUACCUGGGCCGCAAGCACGGCCUGGCCGGCUCCAACAUCGAGGAGGACUUCCUUAUCGACCAGAACGUGGAGUUCCUCAACGACAUCAGAUCCAAGUCUGCGCAAGUCCAGUACGAGCCCGACGCGGCUCUCAAGGCCAAGAAGCACGAGGACUUCUCCAAGAACCUGUACCCCGGCAUGCUGGCCAAGCUCGACCAGAUCCUCAAGGAGAACAACGGCCACCUCGCGCUCGGCAAGCUGACCUGGGGCGACUUCGUGUUUGCGGGCAUGUACGCCUACCUUAAGGUGAUGCUGCAGGCGCCCGACCUUGACGAGCGCUUCCCCGCCUUCAAGAAGCUCGAGCAGACCGUCUACUCCCUCCCCAAGGUCAAGGCCUACGCUGACGCCGCGCCCAAGACCGACUAUUAAGGCGAUCGGAACAGUACAAUGUCCCAUCACGCUCCGUCAUCGUUGCGCCAUUUAGGGUCCUAGCUAAAUUGGUUGACAUUACUUACAUGGCCCAAGGUCCUACCUAUAGUACUUAUUCAGUUCGAUGAAAUUUAAAUCAUAUUUAAUUGGAACAGAGCCGCAUUUGUUUUGAUUCGUUCAAUUUUCAAACAAAACAAAAAUCAACUCUAUUCCCUGCGUUAAAGGUUCAAAUUUCAGUAGGAAAUUCUGGAUUUCUCUUUUGUAUGGUUGGGCCUUAGGAGGAUAAAGAAUUUCCAAUUUAGCAAGAACCAGCACCGAUCAGAUAUUUUUAUAUUUUUUGUCACGUCGCCUGAAAGCACAAUGCUACAGGUAUAGAAAUAUGAGAUCACCGAGUAAAUAAACACGUGCUCUUAAAAUUAACACGUGAUAAACAUAAGAUAUAUUUAUUACCCAAUAUUAAACUUUCGUGAGACAUAUUUUAAAUUGUUUAUACGACAACGGUUUCACUCACUUGAAUUUUUUGUCGCUAUUGCUAAUAGCAAUAGUAUUUUAAGUCGCCAAUAGCGACUAAAAAUUUAAGUGAGUGAAACCGUUGUCGUAUAAACAAUUUUAUAUUUAUUACCCUCGAAUUUCUAUCAGUUUGGAUUUCUAUCUAACUGUUCCGAAUUUGUGGUUCAACGUUCCAGUACGAGUAUUAGUCUUGCAUUUGAAGAUCACUGUGUUAAGUUAUGUAGUAUUAUAUUUUAAGGAUAUGUUAUGUGUGUAGCCUGAGCAGUAAUGUUAUCUUUUUAAGUUAAAUACAGCUGAAUAUUUUUA